AUGGACUUUUAUCGUACAAAGGUGGCGAAUUCUGAUCCUGGAUUUGACUUGGCGGGGGGAAGCAAAGCUCGAAAUAUACUUGAUAACCGGAAAUCCAAUACUUCCAAUACCUCUUUAAGUAUUUCUAAUGAUACACUAAUUUUUCUUUGUUUCGUCAAGAGCUGGACUGCAACAGUAAAGAACUUUAAAAAAGAUCUCGAACAAGUCAAAAUCGAUCGUCUGCAGAUAAACCAACUUUCAACUGGAGAUGGUACAACAUACAACAAUUGUCACAUAAUUUCGGAGAAACAUUGUCGAGAUGCGGGUGAUGAUGAAAAAAAGAAAACCGAAGGAGCUGCAAUUCCGGCAAAAAAGUGUAAAACUGAAUCCGAAAAUAGAACAAGAAUUGGGAGAACUGUUGUGCCGAAUUAUGGUCAUUUUUAUUUCGGGUCGGUGACAAAUGAAGAUUCCGAUACUUCGGAAAAUUCUUCACAAGGAUCUUUUAGUAGUUUAGAUAAGCUAAACGAUGAGUUGGCUAUUCAAGAGAACGACCACUUUGAUAAAAAUCAAGAAAUUCAAAAUGAUGAUCAGAAAUCUUUAACAUUAACUUCAAGUAUCAUUGAAACAGAUGUAAUUGUAAAUAAUUCCUCUCAAGAGACUGACGAUGAUGAAGAUAUACCUCCAGAGGAUUCAUUUCUCUCUGCAUCUAGCGGUCCAAAAGUUUGGAUCUUGCCUUCGGGUCAGAACGUUGGGGACAUCUAUGCUAGCAAGAUAUCUGAGAAUGCAAGAGCAACUAAAAAAAAGAAGAAAUUAACAGCCAUUGAGAAAGCUAUAUUGCGCUAUGGUGCAUCAAAUAUAAUUGAUUUGUCCGCUCACAUGAAGGAAUGGUUUUGUAUUGAUGACAGAAAAUUCAUUAUAAAAGAUUACGAAUCUAUGUUACGAAUUCCUGAGAUGGCAACCGAAGAGAGCUCAUUUUUGGUACGUAAAGGAAAAAUAGAUCAGGCACACGAAUACUGCAUGGACACUCAUGUUAAAUCCGAAAAAAAUAGUUUUUUAUAUAAGAUGAGCAAAAUAUAUGGUGACUUCAUUUACAAGAGCGAAGAUCAAGUGAAUAUCUUGAAUGUUAUUCUGGAAAGCACACACACAGAAAUUGAUGUAAUUUUAAAAGCAUGUGCAUGCAUGGUUGAAGGACCGAGCAAAAACCUUAAAGGGGAAUCCUUUUGCCCGUUGAGCAGGAGUACAGAUUACACCAAGGGACGUAAAUGUGAUGUUCGUUUCAUAUCGGCAUUAGGGGUUGAUGUUGGAGAAUGGGAAUUUUCUGCAAAAGCUAUAGCGAAUAAGUCCAUUGGUGAAAGAUGCCAUUCCGCUCGAAUAAAUCAAUCGAUUUUGAACGGAUUGCUAGAAUUUGAGGAUUUAAUGGAAAUUUUUUAUUUUGUCUUUCCUGGACCAAAGUUUGAAUUGCCCAUAAGACUUCGAGAUAUCGGAAAACUGAAAACUGCUAUAAAUGUUAUCAAGUUAGUCAUGGUUGAUUCUAUUUCUGUCAUUGAAAAAUUUAUAUCACCAAUCUAUUUUAACAUGAUAUGUUGUGCAGACAUGUAUGAAAAAACUUGUGAAACUAUAGAAAAUCUGGAAACAUUUCAUCAUGAUUUUGACGAUAUAUUUGAUGAAGAUUAUCACGUAGACAAGCUUACUCAUUUUAAAAGACGUUACCGUAAUCGUACACCACCACCAACUUAUAGAGAAGUGACACCAAUGUCAAGCCGUCGUGAAUUCACCACCAAUCAAAAGAAUCGAUCCGCGUUUUCUGCCCGAAGAAUUCCUAGUGAAAGGGAUGAGGAUAGUAAUCGAAUAAUGUAA